AAUGUUCUUCUAUCAUAAUGUUGAAAGUUUAAUAAAAAUAUCAAUGUUUUGUUUGGACUGCAUUAAGUAUCGAAAUACUUAUCGCAAUGGUUAUAUAAGUAAAAAAAAUACAUAUUAUAUGUAAUACAUAUAUAUAACAAAUUCGAAUUUUAUGUGUUGAAAAUAGCAAAAUGAAUAGAGAUAUAUUUUAAAUAUAAUUGGUUGAUGCGCAUGCGCCAAAAAGUAGUUUGUGAUUGGCAGAACGAUGGAUAUACGCAUCCAAUAGAGAUAGUAGGUAAGAAAGAGCAUCGUGCAAAGGAGUAGGAAAAAGAUGGGAACUACCAUAUUGCGCACGCAAACGAGAGUGAGAGAGAUAGAAAUCACCGCCAGUAUGAUUACUCGAUCACUUGUUCUCAGUAGUAAAGCAAAGUUCGGUGAGACUGUUCGUUUAUCGUACAUUUGGAGCGAAACACAAACUCAAGAAGGAAAUUUUUGUUUGUUUUCACAUAUAUCGUAGUGCGAAUAAAAUUUUGUGCCUCCAAAGGAUGGCAGCCACCAAAGACGACAGCACCGACAGUGUGCAAUUUUUCGAAGGAGUGGAGAAACUCCUUGAGAUUUGGUUCACAAGCAGCAGUAGCAUAAACAGAAAGCAGGGCGAUCUUAGGCAGAUUCCUCAAUGGAAGUGGCAAUCGUUACUAAAAAUCGUUCGUUGUGAGAUUAUCAGUAUUUGUCGCACCGAGCAUGUGGAUGCUUAUGUUCUCAGUGAAAGCAGCAUGUUCCUAUCAAAACGUAGACUUAUCCUUAAAACAUGUGGCACAACUACCCCUCUUCAAUGUUUGGAGCCCCUUUUGGAACUUGUAAAAGAGUAUACUGGCUUUGAAGAAGUAGAGAAUGUAUUUUAUUCAAGAAAAAAUUACAAGAAGCCAGAGUUACAAAUAUCCCCACAUCAAGCAUUUGAAGAAGAAGUUGCUUUGCUUGAUACAUUCUUCCCUGCUGGGGAAGCUUAUUGUUUAGGCUCUGUAGAUUCAGAUUGUUGGUAUUUAUACACUUUGAAUAAAGAGAAGUCUGUAGAUGAACCUGUAGAACCAGAUCAAACUUUAGAGAUCCUAAUGACUCAUUUAGAUCCAGAAGUAAUGUCUCUUUUCACUAGAGAUGUAUGCUCCUCUGCAGACGAAGCAACUCAAAAAUCAGGAAUUGACAAACUUAUUCCAAACAUGAUUAUAGACGAUUUUUUGUUUGAACCUUGUGGAUAUUCAAUGAAUGGAGUAUCUAAAAAUGGAAAUUACAUGACUAUUCAUAUUACACCAGAGCCAGAGUUUUCAUAUGUCUCAUUUGAGAGUAACAUUCCAGAAGCAUCAUAUGAGGAAAUAAUACGACGUGUUCUAAACACUUUCAAACCAAAAAAAUUUGUUGUGACCAUCUUUGCUAACAAAGAAUCAAUCGCUGCUACUUGUCCACGUGAUUUAGAGCAAACUGAUUAUCUGAAAGGUUCUGGUGAUUGGCUACGUACAGAUGUGCAAUAUUGCCGCUUCAAGAAUUAUGAUUUGACCUGUGCAUUCUAUUCAAGAUUCCCAAGCUGAGGGUUCAUGGACGCUUCAUUUGGACCUAACCAAUUAGGAACUAAUGAAGCGCUUAUUAAUAAUUCUAUCCGUUCUCAAACUUCCUUUUCUUUUUCCAAUUCCAUAAAUGAGGCAAACAAACAUAAUCAGUCUAUAAAACAUAUAUUAAAAUCUGAAAAUAUUUACAAAGAACAUGAUCUUGUAUCUACUCAAUAUAUAAAACAUAAUAAUGAAACAAA